GGAGCAUCAUCAUCAUCCUCAUCAUCACCACCAUCACCACCACCACCACCACCAUCGUCCUCAGCGCUGUCAUCCCCACCAACCUCCUCCUCUCCUCCAAUCUCACCACUACCAUCAUGUCCUCGUCGUCACGAAAGAUCUCCUCGGAGUCGUUCAGUAGCUCCGUGGGCUCCGACUGCGGGCUCGAAAGCCCCGGGGGAGACGGGGGGGACGGCGCCUUGGAACCGGCGGAGGAGAGCCGAGGCUGCCCUUUCGCCAGCUUGACGUCCUCUCACAGAGCGGUGCUCUGGAACGGCCGCAGCCUCGCCGAGAGGACGCUGUGCCCGGCGGGUGAGGAGCAUCAGCAGCAUCAGCAUCAUCAUCAGCUGCAGCAGCAGCAGCAUGGACCAAGUGCUGGUCCCCAUAAGAGGGUCACCAGGAGGAGACGGGUGAACUUGGACUCGCUGGGAGAGAGUCUGAAGAGACUGACAUCACCCACGACACAGACGGUGCAGGAGGCUCUGCAGCGAACUCUGCACUUCUACAGACAGCAGGAGAUCAGGUGUCAGGAGCUCAGCAGUGAGGAGAGACAACACCAGAAAAAAGAUGACAAAUGUCCAUUUCUAGAAAACUCCGGGUCAGAAGAAGAUGUGCUGCAAAUCCUACAGUACAUGGCGACCAUACUGGGAGUACCGUUCUGUGAGCUGCGGGAACACUUUGGAGAGGAGUUCUUUGGCCUGUGCUUUGAGGAAAACGAGCGAGUGCUCAGGGCUGUAGGCGGGAACCUCCAGGACUUUUUUAACGGCUUUGACGCCAUUUUAGAACACAUUCGCACCUCCACGGGACGCCGUGCCUCAUCUGAGAGCCCUUCCUUUCAGUGCAAGGACCCGUCAGAGGAGGAGAGAGGAAGGAGAAAAUUGGUCCGAGCAGGGGGAGAUGCAGGAGGCAAGGUGUUACUUCUGCACUGCUUCAACCCGGCCCCUGUUGUCGGUUUGGUCAUGCCGGGGUUGAUCAGAGCCGUUGCCAAGCGGAUCUAUCAUUCAGAGGUGGAGGUGGAGGAGGUGCCACCUCUGACUCCUUUACUACCCAGUGAAAACACAGACCACACAGAUGGUGACUCCGCAACCCCAACUCCAACUGCGUCCCCCACUGCUUCGCCCUCCUCAUCACCUUCCCCUCCUUCCCCAUUCCCAACUGCUGUUCCAAUAGUUUGCAUCUCUUUCCAAAUCCAGGAGAGCUGCCCUCCUUCCCUCUCCUCCCUCCAGAACGUUGCUUCAGUGAAACGACCCCCUAUUUCAUUGUCCACCAACCCCAGCGAUCUGCGCAUCGGCUUGGCCACGUUUUGCCGCGCCUUCCCGUUCCACCUAGUCCUGGGACCCCGUAUGGAACUGCUGCAGCUCGGCGAAGGCCUGAGGAGACAGGCUCGCAUCGAGACUCACCGGAGCCUCUACUUUAGGGACUGUUUUGAGAUUGUGUCCCCCAAGAUGGAUCCAUCCUUCCAGGGCAUCCUACUGAGGCUAGCGUCACCGUUCACUAUCCGUACGAGGCCUGACGCUUCGCAGACUGGCACCAAGGAGAAGGUCAUGGAACUGAAGGGUCAGAUGAUCCAUGUGCCAGAGUCUUGCUCCCUAAUGUUUCUUGGAUCACCACGUGUGGAUAAAUUGGAGGAGCUGAUGGGCAGAGGACUGCAUCUCUCAGACAUCCCUAUCCACGACGCCACGAGAGACGUCAUUCUUGUGGGAGAACAAGCCAAAGCCCAGGACGGCCUGAAGAAGCGGAUGGACAAACUCAAGGCCACGUUAGAACGAACCCACCAGGCACUGGAGGAGGAGAAGAGGAGAACAGUGGAUCUCCUCUAUUCCAUAUUUCCAGGUGACGUGGCACAGAAGCUGUGGCAGGGUCAGCCGGUGCCUGCUCGCAAGUUCGACGACGUCACCAUGUUGUUCUCGGACAUUGUGGGAUUCACCGCCGUGUGCGCGCAGUGCACGCCCAUGCAGGUCAUCUCCAUGCUGAAUGAGCUUUACACACGCUUCGACUACCAGUGUGGCAUCCUGGAUGUUUAUAAGAUCGAGACAAUAGGCGAUGCCUACUGCGUGGCGGGAGGGCUUCACAAGAAGGUCGACAGCCAUGCAAAACCAAUUGCACUCAUGGCUCUGAAGAUGAUGGAACUCUCUGAGGAGGUGUUGACACCUGAUGGGAAACCUAUCAAGCUGAGGAUAGGUAUCCACACGGGCUCUGUGCUGGCCGGGGUGGUGGGGGUUAAAAUGCCCCGCUACUGCCUGUUUGGGAACAACGUGACCCUGGCCAGCAAGUUUGAAUCAGGAAGCCAUCCUAGGUGUAUCAACGUCAGUCCGACAACUCACCAGUUACUGAAAGAUGACCGCUCGUUCUCAUUUAUCCCUCGCUCGCGACUGGAGCUCCCUGAAAAUUUUCCCAAAGAGAUCCCAGGGACGUGUUAUUUCCUGGAGGCGGGGACAUCUCACAGUCACGCCUCCCUGACCAGCUCUCGCUCUGCUCCCCCAGCCUCUAUGAGGAAAGUUACCUAUAGCAUUGGGACAAUGUUUCUAAGAGAAACCAGCCUGUAGAUCCCACACGCAGACCUGAGAGGACGGAGUCAGACUUGGAGGACGUGAAUCAGUGAACCUUGGAUUUUUUUUUUUUGAUAUGCAAUCAGUUAAGCAGAGACUCAGAUUAAGGCCUUAGGAGAGAAGGCCUGUGAGGAUCAAACUAAAAAUGCUCUUGUCAGAGAGGAAACUAAAAACCAUGCACAUCUCUCGAGAAGGAGGCAAGGCCUAAAAAACGUGCUAUCAUGCUACUCCAAUGGAAAUUUCCCCAAGGGAAUGCACCGUUCAUUCAAUCAAUACAGAUAACACCAAGCUAAAUAUCUAGCUAGAUUCCAUAGCUCUAUACCUGGUGUCCAGCUUUCUCCCCCAGUGGCCGCAGUAAGGAGAUGAAAACGAACGAGAGACCCUUGAUCCCUUGUGUUGCAUUACUACGGCGUUUAAAAAAAGAACAAUUUCAAAACUGUGUUAAAGUGAACACCGAUGGAUGACAUUUGGACAAACGCCGACGUCCAAACGUUAAUGCAAAUGUCUGCUGCGCAUCAGGACAAAACAUGAGGACGACCGCUGCCGAAGAACACGACAUCUUUACUUCACCCUUCGUUCGACGGUCCCUGAAUCACGUCAUGGUUUAUUUAACACACACACACACAUUACACAUGCUGCUCACAAGUGCAGGUCCGCCAGGACGGAGGAAGGACGGAUGACAGCCGCAAACAAGCAGAGAGUUAAUAAAGUAGUAAUGCAGAAUGGCUAAGCCCAUCUCACAGCCUUUGUUGCUUCGAACACACAAAAUAAUUAAACUUAAACCCCAGCCCGCCGUCUGAUUUGAGGUCAACAAUUUAGGACAAGUAUUCUCAGCUCAGUGCCUUCGAAUUGCUCAAAAUAGGACGAGUGCAGGAGGAAAUCAUUUUCUUGUUUUUUUGUUAAAAAAUUAGUUAGAAUGUGCAAAACAAAUUGAGCGCUUCUUCUACUUCUAUUACAACUAGCUUUUAUUGGAAAUACCGUCGACAUCAGUGUUUCAGUAACUGCACUAAACCAGCCAAAUUUUAUUGCGGUACUUUUUAGGUCCUGAAGCAGUACUUUUAAGUUUGACGCAAAAAAAAAAAA